ACUUAGGUUUAGGUUUAGGUUUUGGUUGGGCAGUUUGUGCGCUGCACCAGGGGGCGCGGGUCUGUAAAUUUGUUUGUUGCUGAGGUCUGCAAUCAUGGCGCAGGGUGGGAAAAGGAGUGGAAAGGUGAAGUGGUUCGAUUCGCAGAAGGGUUACGGAUUCAUUACCCCUGAUGAUGGCGGAGAGGAUCUUUUCGUUCACCAGACUUCGAUUCAUUCUGAUGGAUUUAGAUCUCUGGCUGAAGGCGAGUCGGUUGAGUUUUCUGUUGAGCAUGAGCAGGGUGGAAGGACUAAGGCUCUUGAUGUGACUGGGCCGAAUGGGGCUUUUGUGCAGGGGGGUAGUAGUGGAGGAGGCGGCGGUGGAUAUGGCGGUGGUGGUGGUGGAAGAGGUGGACGUGGUGGCGGCGGAGGUUAUGGCGGCGGCGGAUAUGGUGGUGGCGGUGGGAGUUAUGGUGGUGGCGGUGGUGGAUAUGGCGGUGGAGGUUAUGGUGGUGGUGGUGGUGGCCGUGGCGGCCGCGGAGGCGGAGGCGGUAGGGGUGCCGGUGGCGGCGGCGGUGGAGGAAGCUGUUAUAAUUGCGGCGAUUCUGGGCAUUUUGCCCGCGACUGCCCUAAUGGCGGCGGUGGGAGAUAGUUAGAUCUAGAAGGAUUACUUAUUAUAUGGUCAGGGUUUUGUUUUUGCAGUUAGCGAAGGGUUCGGCUCGGCUCUUGUUGAGUCUGGGGCUCUAUUCGAGUAUCUUUGGGUGGUUAUAUUGUUGGUUAUUGUUUUUCAUUAUGUGAUGUAUUUUGGGUUUUUGUCAAAUGGGGGAAACGAUAAGAUCUAUGGCUGUUAUGGCUCAUAAUGGCUGGUUUUUCCGCAUUGGUUAGUGGUGAUGGUAACCUAUUUUGCAGUGGCGGCGUUCGAUGCUGUGUCGCUUUGUAUGAUUUGGCCUGCCUUCUGUUAAACAAAUUUACAAUUUCAUCUAUUAUGUUUCAGUGGUUC